AUGGCUACAACAAAGGAAGAUUUAGCAGCUGUUGAAUCAGUCAUUUUCGGCGACAAUGGAACAGUUGUUGGUGGUGAUAAUCGACCAAUUGUUCUCGAGGAAGGAAUUAAAGGUUCUGUGGUCACAGUCAAUAGAACAAAGCACUAUGCCUUUAUCAAAAGACGAGACAAACCAGAAUAUCGUGAUUUAUUCGUUCGAGAAGCGUCUAUUGUUGGUUUUUAUAUGACACCUGAACAAUGGUCACUAUUAUUAUAUGGAUAUACAACAAAUGAAUCAAUUAUAGAUCUCAUAAUUGAUAAAUUAUUAACAAAAACAUCAUUUGAAACAGCUAUUAAACAAUAUCAAAAGAUUGUUUUAUCAAGCAGUGCUGUUCACAGUCAGGGUUUAGUAAAUUUAAUGGAACACUUUCAAUUUUUCUCAAACGCUAAUCUAGUAACUGAUGCUUCAGGUUCACAUGUACUAACUUCAGCAUUACAUAUGUUGAAGAAAGCUGUAAGCAGCUUAAAUAAAUAA